AUGGCCGCCCUCAAAUUCUUCUCACUACUAAUUGCCUCAUUUGCCAUUAUCCAAAUGGCAAUGGCAGGAGAUCCAGACAUUGUUUCUGACUUUGUAAUCCCAUCAAAUAUGAGCUUUGUUGAUGGGGCAUUCUUCACAUUCACUGCCAUGCGUUCUCUUGUUGGAGCUGAACCGCCUACUGCUUUCAAGGUAUUGAAAGCAAGCAUGGCAGAAUUCCCUGCUCUUAAUGGGCAGAGUGUUUCCUAUGCUGUUCUUCAGUACCCAGUUGCUACUCCAAAUCCACCUCACACUCAUCCUCGCUCCGCCGAGCUACUUUUCCUCGUUGAUGGGUCUCUUGAAGUUGGAUUUGUUGACACCACCAACAAGCUCUUCACUCAAACUCUGCAAACUGGUGAUUUGUUUGUGUUUCCUAAGGGACUUGUUCACUUCCAAUACAAUGCAGAUGCACAGAAACCUGCUCUAGCAUUUUCAGCUUUUGGAAGUGCAAAUGCAGGGACAGUGUCACUUCCUAACACGCUUUUCACCACCGGCAUUGAUGACAACAUCUUGGCUCAAUCCUUUAAGACUGACAUUGCCACCAUUCAGGCCCUCAAAGCUGGUCUUGCGCCCAAGCCCUGAGCAUUGGCAUCCUUAUCAGUACUUUGAUAUUCGUUCGUUUUCAAGUGUUUUUGGCUAUCUAUAAUUUUCAUCCUGUUCUGUUGUUUUUGUACCCUUCAUUGAGUGUUGAAUAAUGUAAAAUAUUAUAUUUAUUAAUAUAAAUA